GCUCACACAUGCGCACUGACGUCACCUCCACGACUGCAACUUUUUCCCCAUGACGAGAUAGUGUCGGCAGUCCAAAAUUCUCCGGUUUUUCUCCCAAAACUUGCUCCUCCCGGCCGCCACAGCCCCGUCAGCGCCAUGUACUGGAUCCUGGGAGUACUCCUGGUCGCUUCUUGUGCCCUAGGACAAGAAACAUGUAACACCUAUACUGACUGUAACACCUGUCAGACAAACAACUGUAGCUGGGUGAACUGCACAACAGAGAACACAGCUGGUACAGACGUGCUCAAGUGUGCAACACGAGGAAAUGAGUCCCAGACUUGUGAAAGCCCAGUCAAUAUCACUGCGUGUUCAGCCGUGACAGUUGCUCCAAACACAACUAUUGCUCCCACUACUCAAGCUCCAACAACCCCCAAUGGUACAACAGGGCCGACCACCCUGCCUCCCUCUACUCCAGCCAACACUACAGCCAACCCUAGCACGGCAAAACCGACCACGAAGCCAGGUUCAAAAACGACUGCCCAGCCGACAGAAGGCCCAACAAAAAGCCCACAGAAAGGAGGUUUUGACGCCGCGAGCUUCAUUGGGGGUAUCGUCCUCUGCGGCGGCCUGAUAGCUCUCAUCUUCUUCGGCUGCAAGUUUUGGAAGUCCCGCUCUUCUCCAAACUACCACACGUUUAACUCAGUGUCAUUCGGUCGGAAAGAAGCCAAGAGGAAGCACACCUCAAAACCUCCUGCAAAGCUGUCCAUAAGAGCAGAUGACGUCAUAGAGGCAGAAGACCCAUUCACCACAGACAACCUGGACCACCAUGUUGGGGUGCUCAGGAUAUAUGAUGAUGAAGAGGACCAAGAUCACAUCAGGUCUGGCCUCCCAGAGUCAGACAGGGACAGAGGGAGGAAAGUCAGCGCUGAGAGAGAACGAGGCACCAUCCCUAAAGACUUCGUAGUGAAGGAGUUUCACGAUGAACCAAGUGACGAGGAACCCAGUGAUGAUGAGAUGCUGGCUUACUGAGGCAAAAGCAAUAAACUAUGGAUUAUGAGAAUUUGAAUUGUGGCAGUAUAGAUCUUGCACAUUUCAAUGCAAUCCCAAAAAGAAAAGGGGGGGGGGUUCUGAGAUGAGAAAAACAGUUUGUAGUGUCAGUCUGCUGGGUUUUAGAAAACCCUGGAAGUGGAAUCGAAUAUUUGACGGUUGGCCCUUCGACUGGUGUAGUUUCCCUACAUUGCCUUAGUUUACAGAUGCCUGCAU